CACGGUAACAAUAACAAAUCAUUUUCAAAAAAUGGCGGAAAUAUAUGGUUGAACAAGAUGUUAAAGUUAACAAAUUACACAUAGCAGGCUACUAGCCAAUUUUAUAUAAACCAUGCUUAAUUUAAAACAGGAAAAUGCAAAACUACUGACUCAGAUGCAAAAUGGAAUAGUUAACUUGAAAGCCUGUAUUGAUAAUCAGCAUGUAAAGGAGCAUAUCAGGAACACUAGUACACCAAAGAUACGCUGUGAAAAAAGAAAAAGUAGUUGUAAUCCAGGACAAAAAUUUCCUUAUCAAGUGCACUUACAAUCAGAUGGGAAUCUCAAGAAAGGAAAAACACAGUUUGUAGCUGCAAAAAUUGAAUCAAAGCCUUUGAGGUCAAUCAUUCGAUGUAAAAAGACUCCAAGUAAUCACAGGGCUCGCUUUUCUCCAAGAGAAAGUAAAAAACAUGUAGUGAAAUCAGAUAAACUUGACAAGUCGAUGAUGGGAUAUGAUUGGAUAGCUGGUUGCUUGGAUAAUGACUCCUAUAUUAACGAACAGUCUGACCAGUUUUUUCAAGACAUUGAGGAAUUCAGAAGGUUGAAUAGGGAUGAGUGUAAAACUGCAGUAAAAGAUAUUGAUAUAAGCCCAAAAGACACUUCAAAAUUAAUAACUGUUUCUUCUCAGCCACGAAAGGAAAAUUAUCCAUUAUGCUGUAAUGGUAAAGGAGCAUACAUGCUAAACAAUCGUCUGAAUUUAAUACCUAUUCAUGGACCAUAUUCUGAAUGUCCUACAUGCCAAUUAAAAAAAAGUUGUAGGUGUGAAGGUGACAGUAAUUAUGUCAGAGUCAGCAUUCCUCGCUCAACACUAAGCUCUCCUUACAGACUGCGACCACAUCGACGUAAAAGUUACGAUCCAUCAGACUCUGUAGCUUUAUCUACGCACUGCUUGGCAGGUUGGCAAAAUUCAAAGCCUGCGUAUGCACCAGGUCCGACCAACGUUGAUCUUGCGUCACAUGCUUCAGCCACUGGCUUGACAUCGGUGAGGGCGUUUAAAGAGUUGAAAAAAUGACAAAAAGACGUUUUCAUAAAAACAAGAAAAAACACUGUAAACAAUGAUGUUGUAAAUAAAAUUGAUUAUUUUUGA